AUUAGUAAGGAUGGGUAUUCUCAAUGACAGCAUUUCCAGAGAAUGGAAGAAGCUGAUCGGUCAGGAAAAGUGGAAGCACAUGCUGGACCCGCUCGACAUCGAUCUCCGGCGAUACAUUAUCCAUUACGGUCAAAUGGCUCAGGCAACAUACGAUGCCUUCAACUCAGAGAAGGAGUCCAAGUAUGCCGGAAGCUGCCGGUACGGGAAGUCAGAUUUCUUCUCCAAGGUGGGUUUGGAGAUAGGAAAUCCAUACAAGUAUGAGGUGACCAAGUUCAUCUACGCCACAUCCUCAGUGGACGUUCCAGAUGCUUUCAUAUUGAAGUCUUUGUCAAGGGAUGCAUGGUGUAGACAAUCCAAUUGGAUAGGUUAUGUUGCUGUGGCCACUGAUGAAGGGAGAAGAGUUUUGGGAAGAAGGGAUAUCGUAGUUGCUUGGAGGGGAACGAUCCAGGCUUUGGAAUGGGCCAAUGACUUUAACUUCAUAUUGGUCUCUGCUAGUCCUCUGUUUGGACCAGGUUCUGGCGAGGCUGAGGUGCAUCAGGGCUGGUUCUCCAUGUACACUUCUGAUGAUCCACACUCCCAAUACAAUAAGUCCAGUGCAAGAGAUCAGGUAUUGGGUGAGGUGAGAAGACUAGUGGAAAAAUUCAAGCACGAAGAGAUCAGCAUAACUAUAACAGGCCAUAGCUUGGGAGCAUCACUUGCAACACUAAACGCAGCAGACAUAGUUGCCAAUGGAGUGAAUAAGCCCAAGAACCAGCCCAACAAUGCGUGCCUAGUGAUGGCUUUCGCCUUCGCCGGCCCCCGCGUUGGAGAUGCCAAAUUCCGGAAGUUAUGCUCAAGAUUAGAUGACCUUCGAGUGUUGCGCAUUCGCAACGUUCCGGACAUUGUCCCGAACUACCCGUUUUUGGGCUAUUCCGAUGUUGGACCGGAACUGGUGAUCGAUACUCUGAAGUCUAAUUACUUGAAACGUCCUGGGAAUUUUUUUACUUGGCAUGACUUGCAAGCCUACCUGCAUGGGGUCGCUGGCACACAAGGGCCCAAUCGAGGGUUCAAGUUGGUAGUUGAUCAUGAUAUUGCACUCAUGAACAAGUACAUGGAUGUGUUGAGAGAUGAAUAUCUUAUUCCUGCUUCAUGGUGGGUUGAGAAGAAUAAGGGAAUGGUUCAAACUGCUAAUGGUUAUUGGAAAUUAAUUGAUCAUCAAGGGGACAAGGAAAUAUGGCAUGCUGAGGAGCAUAAGCCUAUACAGACACACCAUUAUGAUGUUUUCGAGUAUCCACCUCAACCUACCUAUCUAUCCGAGCCCUACUAUCCGCCGCCGUUGUAUGCUUACCCGUCUGAGUCAAGCUAUCAAUGGCGCGGAGAUAGUAGUCAGACUGUUGAGAGUAGCAUCGUAUCCUUCUUCCAAGAGUUUUGGGAGCCCACUUCAAUAGAGCUCCAACAGCAGUACCCACCCCGAUGUGAUGAUGAUGACUUUGAUAGUCAUCCAUACGAUGGAUCACGAUAUUCAAUGUGGUAG